CAUAGCUAUGUUCACAAGAACGUGACAUUGCAAAAAUAAGUUUACCAUGUGGUGUCAGAAAUCCAAGAGUUAUAAAUAGGACACUGUGAGUUACUUGCUCAGAAAGAAGUGUUAGAUCACUGGCAGUUCUUCUGCUGAAAGCUGCAAAUUACCAUUUAUAAUGUCUAGAAACACUUUCCCCUUUACCGACACCACCUUGCGGGCUCUACAACAGCAGAGAGAGCAGCUAGAAAGAGAGGAUCGAAGGAGGGCAGUCAGCAGACAAUGUCUCACUCGCAUGGCAAUACUACCGUCCAGCCGCAGCUUCCGGCCCCCAGGUUCCCGGAGUCAACAGUAUUGCAGGGAUGCUGCUAUCCAUAAUGCCCUGUAUACAGGAGACGGGGAAAGACUUCGGGCAAUAUUCAAAGAGGAUCGUUCGGCUGAGGUACUAGUAGAGACCGUAACUGAGGAAUUGCAGUGGAAUCAAGAGAUGGGUCUGUGGGCAUUGUCACCCAAAAAGUCUCACACUUCUCCGCUGCGUAUCACAGCCAGCCGUGGUUACUUGGACUGUGUGCGCCACUUGCUGAGCCGAGGAGCAGACCCCAACUCAUCUGUAGGAGGCCGGGUGGCUCUGCAUGAUUCAUGUGAGGCUCAUCAUACGGAGUGCUCCCGGCUGCUACUGAGUCGAGGUGCAGAACCGAACCUGAAGAGUGAAGAUGGCCAAGCUCCCCUCCAUCUCUGUAUCACACCUGAGUCUCUGGGAUGUGCCCAGCUGUUAUUGGACCAUGGCGCUCUGGUCAAUCUUCCCUGUCAGUAUACCCGUGCCACACCUUUGCAUGUGGCUUCUGCUCGUGGUCUGGAGGAACAUGUUGCUCUUUAUCUGAGUCUUGGUGCUGACCCUUGUGCUCGCAAUCGUGAAGGUGAGACUCCCUUGAACUCUGCCUGUGCUGCCUCCGACUGCCCACAGCACUUUGGACGCUAUUACAGAGUGGCAGACAUGCUGCUUCGGGCAGGUGGGAAUGCUAUCACCCCAGGGAAAAAAGGACAUGGUCCUUUACACAAUGCCAGCUCAAACUGCCAUCUCCGCCUUGCACAGCUGUUGCUGGACCAUGGGGCAUCUGUUAAUGUGAGAAAUAGUGCUGGGUAUACUCCCCUGGAUUGUGCCCUGCAAAUGUGUGCAGAAUACCCUGAGUGCCAGCCCCAGCAGCUGGUACGCUUGCUGUUAAACCAUGGAGCUGUAUCCCCUACUGCCAAGAUGUGGAGGUUCUGUGCUGCUUCUCCUCAAACAUUUGAAAUUCUUCUUAACUCCUAUGACCGUAUUCCCUCUGGAGAUGCCUGGAUAGAGGCAGUACCACCAGAAAUUUGGAAUGAUCAUCAAACAUUUUAUGAAUCUGUUCUAAAUUGCUCAAACCAGCCUCGACCUCUGCAACACCUUGCUCGAUGUGCCUUGCGGAACCUGUAUGGAAGUCAGUGUCAUGGAAAACUCAAACAGCUGGGCUUGCCACCUGCACUCACUACUUAUCUCCUCCUGCAGCCAGAGGGCAUUGUUCAUUAAUCUCAAGAAGAAACAUACGUACAUAAUGUACCAAUAGUUACAGAAAAAAAUAUUUGUGUUCUGAAAGAGGAAAUAGGUCAUCUCUAGAAGGAAUGCCGAGUCUGAAACCAUCAGGUCUUUUGGGGUUUUACAGACACUGUAUUUUUAAACUUUAAGAGACGCACAAGUUCAGUGUACUAGGUUUCUAAAAUAAAUUAGGAGCAACAUACUUAUAUAGUCACCAAACUCCAGCCGUAACUUGCUCAGAAACUGCAACGUGUCCAAGCAGGACUUUAACCCUGUUGCUGAGAUUAAUCACAGUUACUAAACAACAGUGAAAAAAAUAAAAUGCUCAAUGGCUGGUCA